AUGUAUCAACACUACUUCCGCUUUCCUAUCCUGCCGGUUUCUUCCAAAGUCCACGUGUCCGACUCUCUUCGAACGCCAGAAGUGGUGGGCGGAGCUAACGUCAAAGUUGAUACUUGUCAUUUGCAAGUUUCCACACGUCGUAUUUCGCUUACCCUUACUCUUUCUUUUUUCUUUUUUUCCAUGUCUUCUAUUUCAUCCAUGCCGAAAUCUUCAUUUUUAUCUUUAUUUUCAUUUUGUCAAACUUUCUUUCUUUCUUUCUUUCUUUCUUUCUUAUAUAUCUUUGCUUAUUUCUUUCUUAUUGAUUUUUUCAUUUCAGCUUUCUUUCUUUCUUUUUUAAAUAACUUUGCCAUUUCUUCUUUUCUUACUCACCCACUUCCUUUAGUUUUUUCUUUCUUCUUUUUACUUUUCGAUAUACCUUUGUCUACAUCCUUUCUUUCUUUUUUUCUUUUCUUUCUCCAUUCUUAUGUACUUUAUUUCCUUUCUUUCGUGAUUUCUAUCUUGUUUGCUUUCUUUUUACACAUGUACCUUGUCUCCUCCCUUUCUUCCUUUCUUUUUACCCAUGUACCUCGUUUCCUCCCUUUCUUCCAUUCUUUUUACCCAUGUACCUCGUUUCCUCCCUUUCUUCCAUUCUUUUUACCCAUGUACCAUGUCUCACCCUUCCUUCCUUUCUUUUUACACAUGUACCUUUUCUCCUCCCUUUCUUCCUUUCUUUUUACACAUGUAUCUUGUCUCCUCCCUUUCUUCCUUUCUUUUUACACAUGUACCUUGUCUCCCCCCUUUCUUCCUUUUUUUAAACAUGUACCUUGUUUCCUCCGUUUAUUCCUUUCUUUUUACCCAUGUACCUUGUCUCCUCCCUUUCUGUUUACCCCUGUACCUUGUCUCCUCCCUUUCUUCCUUUCUUUUUACCAAUCUACCUUGUUUCCUCCCUUCCUUUUUUCUUUUUACCCAUGUACCUUGUCUCCUCCCUUUCUUCCUUUCUUUUUUACACAUGUACCUUGUCUCCCCCUUUCUUCUUAA